UUUUUCGUGUUGCUGGAUAUGCUAGCUUAUUUUCUAGCAAUGGCGUUGCCCGGUCUCCCGCCGUUGCCGAAAAGCCUGAGCGUGUUGAUCUCUAAUGAUCAACAGCAUCGUGCUCGCGUUAGUGCCGAAAACAACGCGAAAAGCUCGACCGUGACGAAUAGGACCAGAGAGCUGAUGGCCCAGUUUCAAUCUUCGGACCGACCUCAGCCUAGUGCCCGAGGAGUGCCGCCACCAGCGCCGCCACGGCCGUCGAGGUUAUCGGCGUCACCCUUGAAGGGAACCACUGGUCCGACCCCGGCGCCCAAACCGCUUAUGAAGCCUCCGCAGCAGAACUUUAGGAAAUUUGAUUCUCAAAUGGGCCAGCUCAGACGGGAAAUGGAUGGCCUGAGGCAAAUGGACUUGUCGUUGCUGUACCAGCUUUGGUCGCUGAACGAUUCCAUUCAAGAGUACAAGCAGGUCGUCGAAGCUGAAAGGGCAUGGGAGUCCGAGGCAUUGUAUUCGGAUGCGACGAUGGAUGAAAUAUACGAGAGAGGGCCUCCAUGUGGAAACGGAGAUAACUAUUCAGGAAACUCAUCCCGCGACGCCAGCAGAAUUUACGACUCAAUUUAUGAAAAUUCUGGGAGUACAUCGAGCAUCGAUUAUUCUAGCUUUAAAAAAUGAUAGCUUUUUAGACGCAAGAAUUACCGGACACAAUCGUGUGCAUUUAAUCAGAUUUUUUUUUCAACCACGUUAACUGUUUUUGGAGAUGAAAUCUGAAUCAUUAAAAUUUGCUUGGAACACAAGGAGGAACGCGAUGAUCUGCACGAUGCUUAUCUUUCUGUUCAAUCGCGUAUAUUGGUUUUUGUUUUAUCCUUUCGAGGCUGUGAACCAUGACCGUAGCAUCAACAUAGACGAUUGUUUGAAUGUUUGGAAGAGAAGCAUGAAAAUUGCAUGGUUGGAAUCAU